CUCUCUUCAAAAUCAACUCUACGCAAGAGGGGACAUUCUCAUUCUCAUUCUCAUUCUCAUUCUCAGACGAGCUCAAGCUCAAGAUAAUAAAAUAAAAAAAUGGCAAUUUCAAUGUCUACCCUCACAUCUUCAUUCGCUUCUCUCUCUUUCUCUUCACAGAUUUCCCAAAACCCCCACUCCCUCUCAUUUCCCCGAUCGAAGCCGCCUCGCGUGGUGGUCGCAACCCCAAGGCUCGCCGUCGUCGCCUCCGCCGUCGCCGCCCCCUCCGCCGUCGAUUUAGAAACAACGAAUCUGAAGAAGUACGUGAAAUCGAGGCUUCCUGGUGGCUUCGCCGCCCAGACCAUCUUCGGCACCGGCCGCAGAAAAUGCGCCAUCGCUCGCGUCGUUCUCCAGGAAGGAACUGGCAAACUCAUCAUCAAUUACCGCGACGCCAAGGUACCUCUCACUCUACCGCUCGUUUUUUAGCAAAAAAGUUAAAAA